CUCUCUUUCUCUCUUGGCUAUAUAUAAUAACAAAAAUUAGAGAGAGAAAGAAACAGAGUUUACUAAGUGAGGAGAGAGAAAGCUAUAUCUCUGAGCUCCUGUUCUGUUCUGGGUCUCUCUCUCUUUCUGUAAUUCUGGUUGGUGUUCUGAUUUGGUUCUUCCAAGAUCUAGUUAUAUUUGGAGUGAUAUAUCUGGGUUUGGAAUCGAACAGGGCUAGACUGGGUGGUCAAGAUGUCUUCCCUCAGUAGGGAGCUUGUGUUCCUGAUCUUGCAGUUUCUAGAUGAGGAAAAAUUCAAAGAGACUGUUCACAAGCUAGAACAGGAAUCUGGGUUUUUCUUUAAUAUGAAGUAUUUUGAGGAUGAGGUGCAUAAUGGCAACUGGGAUGAAGUAGAGAAGUACCUCUCUGGGUUCACUAAGGUGGACGACAACCGCUACUCCAUGAAAAUAUUUUUCGAGAUAAGGAAGCAGAAGUAUCUCGAGGCAUUGGACAAGCAUGACCGGUCUAAAGCAGUGGACAUAUUGGUGAAGGACUUAAAGGUGUUUGCCACAUUUAAUGAAGAACUUUUCAAGGAAAUCACUCAGCUUCUGACCCUGGAUAAUUUUAGGGAGAAUGAACAGUUAUCCAAAUAUGGAGAUACAAAGUCUGCCAGGGCAAUUAUGCUUGUUGAACUAAAGAAAUUGAUCGAGGCUAAUCCCUUAUUCCGUGAUAAGUUGCAAUUCCCAAACCUCAAAAAUUCAAGGCUGCGAACGCUAAUUAACCAAAGCUUAAACUGGCAACAUCAGCUUUGUAAGAAUCCAAGGCCGAAUCCAGAUAUAAAAACUCUUUUCGUGGAUCACUCAUGUGGACAACCCAAUGGUGCUCGGGCCCCGUCACCUGCAAACAAUCCAUUGCUCGGAUCCUUACCGAAAGCUGGAGGAUUUCCUCCUCUAGGUGCACACGGGCCCUUUCAACCUACACCAGCCCCGGUUCCAAUACCCCUUGCAGGUUGGAUGUCUAAUGCUUCCACUGUUACUCAUCCAACAGUUUCUGAAGGAGGAGCUAUUGGUCUUGGUGGUCCCUCAAUAACAGCUGCCUUGAAACAUCCAAGGACUCCCCCAACUAAUCCUUCUGUAGAUUACCCGUCUGGGGAUUCUGAUCAUGUUUCUAAGCGAACAAGACCCAUGGGUCUUUCCAAUGAGGUUAAUCUCCCUGUUAACAUAUUGCCAGUGUCAUUUCCGGGUCACAGUCAUGGUCAAGCUUUGAAUGCACCUGAUGACUUGCCAAAGAAUGUUGCACGGAAUUUAAAUCAGGGUUCAUCGCCCAUGAGCAUGGAUUUUCAUCCUCUUCAGCAGACUCUGCUUCUUGUUGGUACCAAUGUCGGAGACAUAGGUCUGUGGGAAGUAGGAUCCAGGGAGCGACUGCUUUUAAGGAACUUCAAAGUUUGGGAUCUUAGUUCUUGUUCAAUGCCUCUACAGGCUGCUCUGGUAAAGGAUCCUGGAGUAUCUGUUAACCGUGUAAUUUGGAGCCCUGAUGGUUCUUUAUUUGGUGUUGCUUACUCAAGGCACAUUGUUCAAAUCUACUCUUAUCAUGGAAGUGAUGAUAUACGACAACAUCUAGAGAUUGAUGCUCAUGUUGGUGGCGUAAAUGAUCUAGCAUUCUCCCACCCCAAUAAGCAGCUUUGUGUAAUAACCUGUGGGGAUGACAAAACAAUCAAGGUGUGGGAUGCUGCAACUGGUUCAAAACAGUAUACUUUUGAAGGUCAUGAGGCCCCAGUUUAUUCUGUCUGCCCACACUAUAAGGAAAACAUUCAGUUUAUCUUUUCAACAGCACUGGAUGGAAAGAUAAAGGCCUGGCUUUAUGACAAUUUGGGAUCUCGAGUUGAUUAUGAUGCUCCUGGGCGCUGGUGCACAACCAUGGCAUACAGUGCAGAUGGCACAAGGCUCUUUUCAUGCGGGACAAGUAAAGAGGGUGAGUCAUAUAUUGUUGAAUGGAAUGAAAGUGAAGGGGCAGUGAAAAGGACCUAUCAAGGCUUCCGCAAGCGUUCUUUUGGUGUUGUGCAGUUUGAUACUACAAAAAACCGGUUUUUGGCUGCGGGUGAUGAUUUCUCUAUUAAAUUCUGGGACAUGGACAAUGUUCAGCUUCUAACAACAGUUGAUGCUGAUGGAGGCCUCCCGGCAAGCCCCCGUAUCCGCUUCAACAAGGAUGGCACUCUCUUGGCUGUGUCUGCCAAUGAGAAUGGGAUUAAAAUUUUGGGCAAUGCAGAUGGUGUUCGGUUGUUGCGCACAUUUGAGAAUCUUUCUUAUGAUGCAUCAAGGACAUCUGAAGUUGUGGCAAAGCCUGCAAUGAACCCAAUUUCUGUUGCUGCCGCCGCCGCUGCCGCCACUAGCAGUGCUGGACUGGCCGAGAGGAAUGCAUCAGCUGUAGCUAUUUCUGGAAUGAAUGGAGAUGCUAGGAACUUGGGGGAUGUGAAACCUAGAAUAACUGAAGAAUCCAAUGACAAAUCAAAGAUUUGGAAACUCACUGAAAUCAAUGAACCGUCUCAAUGUCGUUCCUUGAGGCUACCUGAAAACAUGAGAGUGACCAAGAUAUCAAGGUUGAUCUAUACAAAUUCUGGUAAUGCAAUUCUGGCAUUAGCGUCAAAUGCCAUCCAUUUGCUGUGGAAAUGGCAAAGGAAUGAUCGUACCUCUGUUAGCAAGGCAACUGCCAGUGUAUCACCUCAACUGUGGCAGCCAUCAAGUGGCAUUCUAAUGACAAACGAUGUUACUGACACAAGUCCUGAAGAAGCUGUUCCUUGCUUUGCUUUAUCUAAGAAUGAUUCUUAUGUAAUGUCGGCUUCUGGUGGAAAGAUUUCUCUCUUCAAUAUGAUGACAUUUAAGACAAUGACAACUUUCAUGCCACCACCACCUGCUGCAACAUUUCUCGCUUUCCAUCCUCAGGAUAACAAUAUUAUAGCUAUCGGCAUGGACGAUUCAACAAUUCAGAUAUAUAAUGUUCGUGUGGAUGAGGUUAAGAGCAAGCUUAAAGGUCACUCCAAAAGGAUAACUGGCCUAGCAUUCUCUCAUGUAUUAAAUGUGCUAGUCUCAUCAGGAGCAGAUUCUCAGGUUUGUGUAUGGAAUUCUGACGGAUGGGAAAAGCAGAAGAGCAGAUUCUUGCAGCUUCCAGCUGGGAGAACACCGUCUUCCCAGUCAGAUACUCGCGUUCAGUUUCAUCAGGAUCAGACACACUUCUUGGUUGUGCAUGAGACUCAACUGGCCAUAUUUGAAACAACAAAGCUAGAAUGUGUAAAGCAGUGGGUCCCACGUGAUUCUGCUGCCCCAAUCUCCCAUGCAACAUUCUCAUGCGAUAGCCAGCUUAUUUAUGCCAGCUUCUUAGAUGCAACAGUGUGCGUCUUCAGUGCUGCAAAUCUCAGACUACGAUGUCGUAUUAAUCCUCCUGCUUAUCUCCCUGCUAAUGUCAGCAGUUCUAAUGUACAGCCCCUCGUUAUUGCGGCACAUCCGCAAGAGCCAAACCAGUUUGCUUUAGGAUUAUCAGAUGGUGCGGUUCAUGUGUUUGAGCCACUUGAAUCAGAAGGCAAAUGGGGUGUGCCUCCACCUGUUGAGAAUGGGUCAACAAGCAGUGUGCCAGCUACUCAAGUUGGAAAUUCAAGUUCGGAACAAGCGCAAAGAUGAUUAAGUGGCUGGCAGAGCACAAGUUCUUUUACAUGCUUGGCUUGCUGGCCCAGUUCAAUUUAGUUGGUGGUUCCUCAUCCAAAGUAAUUACUGAAGGAAUUAUGUGCAGAUGUGUAGAUUUAACUAGUUGGUUAAGAAUCUCUAGGUAAUUCUGUAGGAGUAUUAUUGGCAGUGUUUUAAAUUAAGGAAGAAUUUUUAUGUUUCUCCCUUGUGUUUUAAUUUACUGCAGCUGAGAAAUAUAAUUCAAGUUUGUUUC